AUGAAAAUAGCCUUAACAGUCAACAUAUGUACUAAUGAUGGUAUAGUAAAUGGAGCCCAAGGUAUACUUCACAGAAUUAUAUAUGACAUUGAAUCACCAAUAGAAGAAAUUGUGAAUAUUGAUGGGGAAAAAAGUAUCACUCUUAAUAAACCAUCUAAAUACGUAAUAAUAGAACUUCUGAACCACAAACCAGGCGCGUAUACUAAUCUUCCACCUAAUCAUGUCCCUGUUUACCCCAUUAAACAAAGAUGCAAAUACAAAUGUAAAAUAAGAGAUGGAUCAGAUAUAACCCGAGAAUUCCAGAGAUUUCAAUUACCCGUCACCCCAGCCUUUGCAAUUACUGAUUUCAAGUGUCAAGGCACUACAUUAAAAAAAGUUAUUGUUGAUUUGGAUGGUGGAAAAAUAGGAGCUGGUAUCUACGUAAUGUUAUCCCAAGUUCAAAAAUUAAAUAAUAUUAUGAUACUUCGACCUUUCGAUCAAUCUAAACUUAAUGUAACGAUCGAUCCUGACCUUAAAAAAGAACUAAAACGCCUUGAAAGUAUUCAAAAAUAA